UUGCAUUGAGGAGUAGGUUGGCAAUCCACCCCAGAAUUCAGCUUCUGCCGCCGUCGAAGUUCGCAGCCUUCUUCCAUUCAGGAACAUAAUAUUGAAGCUAUUUUAUAUGAAUUGGCGUGCUGCAGAUAGCCUACUAACUACAUUGUGCGAGGAUCUAAUAGCCCUAUAUUGGAACCCACAAAGACCAAGCAUAACCAGCCAACGGUACAGCCAUGCAGAGUGGACACUCGAAUUUCGUCGAAACACAACUUCAUCAUGUUUCGCGCCCUCAUUGUCAAAGACGGUGACAUUGUUGCAACUCAUAGUUGCGGAGGUUGUCUGGGUAUUUUGAAUUGACAUUUUAUUAACGAAUUAAGCUACGGCGGUGUAGUAGCUGGCUUGAUAUGUUAUUACAUUUUUCCCCUCGUGGUCCAGUCUGGCUCAUGUCCGGCCACAUUGUUUACGUUUUUGCGCGUGGCUGUCAGUCUACUUUGUAAAGGUCAUUCAGUUGCCAUACCCCUGUUACCGUAGGGUAGGGUAUCACACAGAAGCAAAUCUGGUUCCCUUGGAAACUGGAUAACGAGAUCAGCAACCACUAUUUUUCUAGACGUGGAUAGAGGGUCUGUCUGUCUGAACUAAUUAUGUUAACGACAAUUUUCUUGGAUCCUAGACUGAUCUACGGUUAGAUUUUUGUUGGGGGGGGAGCUUGCUAAGACACUGCCAAGGAGGGGCUCUUUAUCAAAUAAUGCUUAGAUGAUUGAAUGUAUAAAUUCAUCAAGAGACAGAUGUCAGUGUGAGUAUUUUUGUCCAAAAGAACGCUCUUGUUUGACAUUGCCAGGCCUAUUGGUAAGGCCAUGCCUGAAUUUAUUGAAAUAUUUGUUUUGGUUGCAAGUGCUUUAUACAGAACUGUGAUUUCAGCUGCAUCCUUGCAUAAUGGCACCGUGGUCUGUUUAAUUUGAUCAAAGAUGUAUCUCAUGGGGUAACAAUGUGAAUCAUAUUAUAUUUUGUUAUGUUGAAAGUGGCUUAUUUUGGAGAGAGAUUGUGAUCCUAUAACACAUUGUUCUUGGAAAUGGAAUGUCCUCUCCUUUCAGUAUAACUUAGUAUGUAAGUCUGCAUAAAACACAGGGAAACACAAAAUGACAAGACACAGAUACUGCCUGAGUAUAACCCAGAUGCUAGACAAAUUAAUUUAGCAGAGUCUGCUUAUUUUUAGGAACACAUCCUACUUCACUUCCAGAACUCUGAAAUCCCCAGCGUGUCUCUUGAAAUGAAAGAGUAAGGAACGUCAGGGACCGUCUGAAUUGGCACAGGCACUCAGCCAGGCAGCCACAUCACUGGGGCCGAGCUCCCAGCCAUCCAGGACCUCUAUACCAGACGGUGUCAGGCCAUAAAAAUGUUCAAAGACUACAGCCACCCAAGUCAUAGACUGUUUUCUCUGCUACCGAAUGGCGAGCGGUACUGAUACAACAAGUCUAGAACCAACAGGACAUUGAACAUCUUCUAGCCCCAAGCAAUAAGACUGCUAAAUAGUAUUUGCACUAACUUUUUUGUCUCAUCACAUAUGCUGCUGCUACUGUUUAUUAUCUGUGACUAUAUUCCUAGUUAUAUGUACAUAUCUACCUCAAUCACCUCGUACCCCUGCACAUCGACUCGUUACUGGUUCCCUGUGUAUCAUUGUGUAUUAUGUGUUUUAUUACGUGUUCUGUUAUUUCUCAAUUUUCUUUCUCUGCAUUGUUGGGAAGGGCCCGUAAGUAAGCAUUUCACUGUUAGUCUACACCUGUUGUUUACGAAGUAUGUGACAAAUAAAAUGUUAUUUGAUUGCAGUAUUGACACCUGAUGGGAUCAGAGGGGUCGUGAUGAGGUGCAAUGUUUUUAACAAGCUCCUCAGUACCUCUGUGAUAUUUGAUAUCUCCAGUUGAUUAUCCCUUUGGAAUUUUAUCAAACUCUGCUUUCCUCUGCCCUGACAGGCCCCAGUUGAUGGAUUCUGACAUGGACUAUGAGAGGCCAAAUGUUGAGACUAUCAAGUGUGUGGUGGUAGGGGACAACGCUGUUGGGAAGACCCGCCUUAUCUGUGCCCGGGCCUGUAAUGCCACACUCACUCAGUACCAAUUGCUUGCUACACAUGUACCCACUGUCUGGGCCAUAGACCAGUACAGAGUUUGCCAGGAGGUUCUGGAGCGAUCUAGGGAUGUGGUGGAUGACGUCAGUGUGUCGCUGCGGCUCUGGGACACGUUCGGGGACCAUCACAAGGACCGACGCUUUGCGUAUGGAAGGUCGGAUGUGGUGGUUCUGUGUUUCUCCAUCGCCAACCCCAACUCCUUGUACCAUGUGAAGACCAUGUGGUACCCUGAGAUCAAACAUUUCUGCCCCCGGGCUCCAGUCAUCCUGGUGGGCUGCCAGCUGGACCUGCGCUACGCUGACCUGGAGGCAGUCAACAGGGCACGACGGCCACUAGCAAGACCCAUUAAAUACAAUGAGAUUCUGCCUCCAGAGAGGGGCCGUGAAGUGGCCAAAGAGCUGGGAGUGCCGUACUAUGAGACCAGCGUUGUGGCUCAGUUUGGAGUAAAGGACGUAUUUGAUAACGCCAUCCGGGCCGCCCUAAUCUCACGACGCCACCUGCAGUUCUGGAAGUCACACCUGCGCAAUGUGCAGCGGUCCCUCCUCCAGGCCCCCUUCCUGCCUCCCAAACCCCCACCACCCAUCAUCACUGUGCCACCUCCCCCCACCACCACUGAGGAACAUCCUGGCCGUCUUCUAGAGGACCCCCUGUGUUCCGAUGUCAUCCUGGUCCUACAGGAGAAGCAGAGAAUCUUCGCCCACAAGAUCUACUUGGCCACGUCCUCCUCCAAGUUCUAUGACCUCUUCAUCCUGGACGCCCGGUCUGAGGAGACUGAGCGGCCCCCGCGCGCCACCGCUCUGUCUGGCCGUGAGAUGCUGAUGCGUGCUGCCAGCUUUGAUGUGUGUGAGAGCCCUGACGAAGGUGACAGGGCCAACCUGCGGGCCUGCACCAGUGACGGCACCCUGAGGGACUCUGAAGGGGGCCGGAGGGGCAGACUGCUGUCUACCUGGAGCAGGGCUUUUGUCAGCAUCCAGGAGGAGAUGGUGGAUGACCCAGUGACCUACAGCCCCAGGCCUAUGACCGUGGUGCACAUGGACCAGUCCAUGCAGCUGGGGCCCUUCCGCGCUGUGCUGCGCUACCUGUACACUGGUCAGCUGGACGAGCACGAGAAGGAGCUAAUGCACAUCGCACACAUUGCUGAGCUGCUGGAGGUCUUUGACCUGCGCAUGAUGGUGGCCAAUAUCCUUAACAACGAGGCCUUCAUGAACCAGGAAAUCACCAAAGCCUUUCAUGUACGGCGCACCAACAGAGUCAAAGAGUGCCUGGCCAAAGGCACCUUUUCUGAUGUAGUGUUCAAGCUGGAUGAUGGAACGAUCAUGGCCCAUAAGCCCCUGCUCAUCUCCAGCUGUGACUGGAUGGCAGCUAUGUUUGGGGGGCCCUUUGUGGAGAGCUGCACCAAAGAAGUGCUGUUUCCUAACACGACUCGCAGCUGUAUGAGGGCUGUGCUGGAGUACCUGUACACUGGGCGCUUCUGUUCCCGCACUGACCUGGAUGCCAUGGAGCUCAUUGUUCUUGCCAACCGUCUUUGCCUCCCACACCUAGUUGCACUAACAGAACUCUACACAGUGACAGUCCUGAUGGAGGCUGCUAUGAUGGGGGCUGAUAUUGACGGAGAUGUGCUGUUAUACCUGGAGAUGGCUCAGUUCCAUUGUGCCCAACAGCUAACUGGCUGGUGCCUUCACCACAUCUGCACCAACUAUAAUAGUGUGUGCCGCAAGUUUCCUCGAGACAUGAAGGCCACGUCUACAGACAACCAGGACUACUUUGAGAAGCACCGCUGGCCACCAGUGUGGUUCCUGAAGGAGGAUGACCACUACCAGAGAGCAAGGAAGGAGCGGGACAAGGAGGACUACCUGUACCAGAGGAGGCAGUGUAAACGCAAGUGGCUCUUCUGGAACUUUCCCUCUACUCCCUCUGCCAACUCCGCCUCUUCUGGUUCCAAUGCUGUCGUCUGAUUGGCACUCAGGUUACAGGCAAGGCCCUCUGGGGGGAUCUGUAGAGAUGACUUGGGAAAGUGGAGAAUCAGCACUGUUGGCCAGACACUAGGCCCACUCAUUCAGGCCCUCACCUCUCCCUCCCUCAUUUCUGUUUUGCAUCUGCAGCCAAGCUACACUCCCCCAGGUUUGCAGGGUCAGCUAAAUCCGAUAAUGAACGAAAUUAGUGUCUUUCUUUUUGUGUUAGCAUAUACAUGCAAAGACAAUGAAGCUUAAACCUUAAAGAUCAGUGACUUAAACCUUAUGAACAAGGCAAGGUAGAUGGUGCUGGUGACUGCUCAAUAUGUUGUUGAUAUUCCUGCAUACACCACCAGGGGGAGAACUGAGCAAGUUAUGAAGGGGCUUUGCUUCAAGGUAUAGAACUGUGAUCCUAAGCUCAUGAUAACCAUUGACUGACUUGAAUUGACAACCAAGUGCUUAUCAGCUGCAACAGGCAUAGCAAAGACCAAUGACCAGCAAAGUAACACAGAAAUCAAAUCUCAGUGAUAACACUUUCUUGCCCUUAAGUGUUUGCACAAUCUACCAAACCAGGAUGUGUACAGUACAACUAUAAUCACUCAACCAGAAAUAUCAACAAAAUGCAUUAGGUCUGCAUUAAGAUGAAUCUAUUCAAGUCAUAUAGGACAUCCCCUUAGAUCAUCUGCCUACUGGGAACCACUAAGUCUGUGGAGAAUUACGACUUAAAUGAAAACAGCGGAGAUUUGACUCCUGUCCUCUUUUGUACAGUUAUUGUAUAUUGCAUUUUUCUGUACAACUUGCACAGCUGACAUUGAUGUGAGUGUAUACACAACCCCUGUGUUGUGACGUGUGGCUACAUGUCAGAAAAGGGCUUUCUUUUACACGGCCACAUUUGUCUUCUGACAAGAUGCAAGAGAACCUGAAUCACAGAGUAUUGUUCAGCAUUUGCUUUUGAAACGCCAACAAACACAAACAAAGCUCACCACUAUGUGUUGCAACAAUGGAAUAGCUUUGCACUACCAAGUUUCCUUUUCCUUAAAAUCGGCAAUUGUACCUUAUCAGGACAGUCUGAUAUAUUUAUCCCCGUAUCUUGACCCCACAGCUUUAUGGUGAAUGCCACUAUCAACCGGAACAUUCUACAUUAUAGCAAUGGAUCUGGUGCAUUUCAGAAACCAAUAGGCCAACUCUUGGACUUGGAGAAUCCACAUGUACAGCAGUUCCCCUCUUGGACGGUGGGGUCUUAGGCUUGUCUGUCUGUAAUGGCAGUGACCUUGCCUUUUAGAAGUUUGACAUUAUGCUUAUAGGGUAUCCCUGUGAUUGCAUGUCAUUGGUUAUUUCAGACGUACACAUACAGGAGACUGUCUCGUGUCUGGGUAUAAAUUCCUCCUCACACCCUGCUACUGGACUCUUCUCAAGAGAGGUGAGAGCACCACCUGUAUAUAUCCGCAUUCUGAUGAGAAGAGCACCGAGGCCAUUACAGUACUGGACACACAUGUGUCUGACAAGCUUCAAACAGUCUAAAUGGGCUUGGAGAGAUGAUCAUAGAAUGAGAAAAAUAACAGCACUACAAGACAAGUUGAUAGGAAGAUGAAUUUAAAUCCUCAGUGUACGCUGAAGAGAUAUCUGAAGAGGAUGUUUAUAUCCCUGUUGUCAUUUCACCAACGACAACCCACAGUAUUGUUUUGAUUUAUAAGCAUGGUGCUCAUUCAUUAUUGUGAGUAUUUACAGCAGGUGUAUAUCAAAAGUGGAUUACUGAUUUCUAGCAACACUUUACAUGAAGUUGUCUCCAUUGCAGUGCCCUGGAAUUACUAUGGAAUGCCGGUGGUGACCAGAAAUAAUAACAAAACUUGACUUGUUUCACACACAUAAUUAUGAAUGCUGCUAACUUAAAGGAAAUUGAAAAUCCAUGUUUUUUUGCGCUAUUUGGGCAACUUAUUGUAAGGUGUGAUAGUCUACUAGAUUUUGUUUGUUUUAUGGAUAGUUUUUUCAGAUUUCUCCAGUGCUUGUGCUGACCUCCGAUUACAUGUAUGGUAUGCAGGCAAACUGCUUUCAGAUCAAAAGAAGUGGCUCUAUGGCUUGAGAAGGAAAAUAUGACACGGAGCACCCUCCCAGCCAAUAUACAUUAUUGUCAAGAAUUUGCUUGUAAAAAGAUAUAUAUAUAUAUAUAAAAUAAUAGAUUGUAGACAUAGCUUUUUGUAAGAUAAUGUAAGUUACUUGUAGGAUAUUGUUCUCCUUCAUGCACUUAGAAAAUAUAGCCUACAUCCCUUAUGACAUCACUACGAGACAUCACUACGAGCUUUAGUCAUUUAAAUGCCAUGAAUCCACUUACAAAUCUAACAUGAUAUCUCAGAAUGUUGUUUAAAUGCUCAAUUAUACAAAUAGACUGCAUGUACAAGGCUCAUAUAGAUGUGUAAUCUGUAAUUUAAGGUAUAGAUUAUGGCAGUGCAGGAUCACAAGGCAGUAGCUUUACAUUUUUUGAUCAAGUUCAUAUGUGAUUUGUUGCUAUAAUCUAAUUGAAAAAGGCAGGUUUGACAUGUGUAUCUUGUAAAAGGAUUAAUCACUUGGCAUACCAUCCCAACUCAUAAUCACUUGGAUCAUUCUGUAUUGCACUGGACAUCCGAGUAUGUAGGCUUGUUUAGUCGUCAAUGUUCUGUUUUUACCAAGUAGUGAAAUUAUUCAUUGUUUUGGAAUUGUUGGUCUGUAAAAUGGUUUUGUUGUGUUUUGUCAAAUUGGUAAAUUCAUCAAUGAACCACUGUCUCACUUUGAAAUAUUGUAUUAAUCAUAUAUUUUAACAAAUUUACCCUUAGAAGAUGUAUGUUUUGAUUCAGGCCUUUGUUCCUUUUUUUCAGUUUUUUCCAUUCCACUUGACAAUCCGCAUUUACAUGCUGUGGUUGAAAUGCAUUUGAGUUGAUAUCUCAAUUAUUCCUCUUCUGCUAAUGCAUUGCAUCCAAGAAGCCACCUCAUGCCUUAAUGUAUAGUGUGUGAGAGACAUUGAAUGUAGAUAUUGUUACUGUGGUCACUAGUUUGUGUGUACUAAAGAUGUGUCAAUGCACCAUGGUACUGAAGGCUUUGUUUAUGUGUAAGUGUACAUAUCUGAGUGUGGCAUUAAUGUGUGUACACUUGAAAGCAUCGUGAGCCUGUGCUUUUGUUAAUUUAGACAAUGUUUUGGUUUAAUAUUUUCAUUCUCUGAUCGGAAUGUUUAGUAGUAAACCACUUUUCACCACACCAAUAGACUAACACGAUGACAAGCCCGCUCUAGAAAACACAUUAAUCAAUUACAAAAGUCAGCACAUCCCCAUCAAAUGAAUGCAGAGAAUACUAAUUCUAAUUUGUUUUCUGAUCAUUAACUUCACUAUGGAGAAAUAUCAGUAUUAUCAUUACAAUGGAUGGCAUUGACAUGGUGUGGGAAUUAGAAGUUGGAUUAUAAAUCAAAAACAUAGAUAAUGGCCAAUUGUUUUACAACUGCCUGUUAUAAUGUGGCCGAGAAAAUAAAACAAGCUUUUAGCUGUACAUAUUUCAACAUAGAUACUAGCUGAAUUUGUACACUAUGCAGGACAUAGGCAUACCAGUGUCGUUUAAACCAUAAAUGCACAUUGCAUUAUGUAGACUGAGAGCCUUGGCUUUGAUUUUCAUCGAAUUGUAUAAGGGGGUAUGACAUGUACACAGCUCAUAUUCUUAGACGAGUAGGCAACUUCAGGUGUUAAUUGCAAAUAUAUUAUGACUAGAUAAAAAUAAAGUUAUAACUCAGAACUUUUAAAGCCCUUUUCCAUGUGUUUAGGUGCUAUAUCACUGCUGCAGAGAAGCACAAACCAAAGGGAGCUUGUAGCAGUACCAGGACACCAAUCUGCUGCACAAUCAGUUGCAUAGUUAUAAACAAGACUUGUAUUGAAAUGGUUGAAUUCAAAACUUGAAUCUUUUCUCAGUGUUUAUAGCCUGGUCUGACAUUUUUGCUCGUCAACAGGUAUUUAUUUUUGUUGUUCUGGAGAGUUACAGAUGUUUGUAUUGUUUGUUAGGAGCUGUAGAUCUUGAGUUCUGUAGCAUGUGUUCUUGAAAUGUGUAAAUAGUGUUUAUGUAAUAAAUAUAAAGUAGCAGCCUGCACACAGA